ACACCAGUUAGCUCUUUCAGUGACGCAUGCCAGCGAGUCUCGCGCCACACACACCGUGCAGUGCACUUGUUGUUGGUGAUGCAUGUGAGCUUCAUGUCUGUCUGGUCUCUCUCAUCACCCACCCCUGCUACGACCAGACCGACGCAAACACACACACACACAUGCAGCCAAGCACACGCACACCUAUGAAGCCUAUUCACUUGCGGCGUUAGCACAGUCACCGCCCAACGAAAGAACAGAAAGGAAAUGACCGAUGGCGAUGAAAUGACUGACCAUUCAUCCAUUCCGUGGGAUGGCAAUGAUGCACACGAGUCUUGCCGCAAUGACUGACGCAGCUCUCCAUGCAUCAGCUGCUAUACAUCGGGGUCCGAAUCACGCGAACCGGACCUGAGAGUCAGUCAUUCCACACACACACACACACAGACACUCAGACACAUACCUGGGAAGCCUCUUCAGCGGCAUUAUUGUAGCACACUCACCUCCCCGCGGUCGCAGCACCAGCACCCUCACGACAAACGGGUUUGCUUCCGACUUGCCCCUGCACACACCAUUGACACACACCCAUACACACCGUCGCUCCAGCCGUCGCUGUGUGAGAGGUCGACCUCCUGCGCGCACUUACGUGUCGCCGAACACAUUCUCGAUGUCCCCCUCGUCGUCAGCGGCCUCAAAGCCAACGAUCUCGAUGUCAGAUGGCACUCCGGUGCCCGACAGAAACAGCUUGAGGUGGCGGACGCACUGGAAGGGGCGGUAGAACUUGUACUUGGACACGCUGGUCUUCAUGACGAAUGGCGAGUCAUCGUACCUGAUGUAUCGCUGAUCUUCCGGCUUCAGCGGGACAGGGUGCAAGGGCGGUCCCCACACCUCUAUCCAUUUUGCUUCUUCCACAGAAGUUUUGUACAUGUGUCUUUCCUCCUCUGUCGACAUCCUCCCUGUGUCGUCGUUGCUGCGGUCAGGCAGAGGAGAAGGGACGGAGAGGGAAGGUCAGCAGC